GCUUUUUUAGGUUAAAACAGUUUUUGUUGAUAAUAUUCAAUAAUAUCUAUAAUUAAUUCUUAUAAAUGGAGUUCCCCGACAUUCCAGUGAUAAAAUCGCCUUUUAAGAAUAGAGAAGAUAUAGAAAAUGAAUUUAAAAAAGAGUUUUGGAAGAUAAACAAGUCUGGAAAAGGUCUAGAAGACUCAGAAAUUGAGGAGGAAUUGGAUAUUUUAAGAAGGUGGUUAAGUUCUGCGCCUAAAAAUAUUGUUUAUAGGGUCAAUAUGUUAUUAACAAGUAAUAAUGAUGUUGUUGCUUGUAUAAAAAAUAAUCUUCACAUGCAAAUGAAAAUAAAGGGGCAUUUUCGUCCACUACCAGCUAUCAAAACAUUUGAAAAUGUCCCAGAAUUAAUUAUUGUCAAUACUUGGGAUGAUGACAUUGAACUGGACCUAAAAAUUCAAACGAAAGAAAUUAUCGUUGACGCAAAAUGUGGAGAAGCAGUAAUUCGAGGGGCAAAUGUUUUUGCUCCUGGUAUAGUUGGAAUGCCUCAUGGUUUAAAAGUGGGCCAAAGUGUCAGUGUAUUUGCUGAUACUGUUCACGGUUGUAAAAAAGGACUAAUUAAACAAUACGAUAAAGAGGAUAAGUUGUUUCUCGGAAACGGAAUUGUUCAAAUGACUAGAGAAGAUAUUUUUGGACACGAAGUUCAAAAUGCGAGUUUUUAAUGUGGUAUUGCAAUAGUGAUAAAUGAUGUAAUUUCGAGACAUCCGCAACUAAAUGAUAAAUAUUUUCAAGAACGGUUGGUAUUACUUUAAAAUUUACCUUCGAUAAUUUGCUCUCGAGUAUUAAAUCCACAGCCAGGUGAAAUUAUUCUUGAUAUGUGUGCAGCUCCAGGACAUAAAACUACACAUAUUUCAGCAUUGAUGGAAGGAAAAGGGAUCAUAAUGGCACUCGAAAAAAAUAAAAACAAGAUCGAAAAUUUGAAAAAACACUGCAAAUAUUUCGCUGCCAAAAAUGUUCACGCAUUUUGCUUCGACUCGACAAAAGCAUCAAGUGAUAUUAAAAACAGGCCAGUUCUCGAAGGACCACCUUUUUCUAAAGAAAGUUUCGAUCGGAUUUUAUUGGACGGCCCUUGCAGUGCUUCCGGACAAAGACCACAAAUUUUCAACCCGAUCACAGUACCUCAACUUAAUUCGUACAUUCCUCUACAAAGGAAACUAUUUUCCACUGCAGUCGAACUUCUAAAACCUGGUGGCAUCUUAGUUUACAGUACUUGUUCAAUUACCAUAGGAGAAAAUGAAAGCAUUGUUGCCUGGGCAUUAAAAACGUAUCCAAUUUUGAAACUCAAAUCUGAAAAAGACAAAAUGCUGGCCUUGCAAUUAUCAGAACAUGGAACUCUCGGAUUCAGUAUCGAAGGAUUGACAUUGGAGGAGUCCAAUUCGUUAUUCAGAUUUGGACCUGAAAGUGAUAGUAUUGGAUUUUUUAUAGCAUGUUUUACUAAAGAGAAAUCUAUAGUGUGAUACUACUAGGUACAAUAUCAGGGUUGCUAAAACUUCCCAUUUUUGAAAUUCCCUGACUUUCCUUGACUCUUUCAUGACUAAUUUUUCAUUUUCCGUGACUGUUCAAUUUUUUUCGUUUAGGUAUAAAAAGAAACAUACAUUAAAUCAAUUUAAUUUAGAGCCAGAUAGUUGAGUUUUCAAGUCCAAAAUGUACAUUUUUAGCCAAAAAUG